AAGAAUGAAAUUUCAGCCAUGUGUCCAGACACCAAUGGUAUUGGUAAGGAAAGGCUUACAACAGCGAGUCAGGGGUCAUGUGCACUUUGCGCGAAAGGACUUCAGGGGGUGUCUCCCAUGCUGAAAAAUCGUUUAUUACAGAAGUACGAUUGCGCCAUUGAAGAAAACACGAUGAAUUUCGCUAAGAAGUGCGUAUUUGCGCAUAACUCAUAUUCUGCCAGGAACAAUUGGGGACAAAACCUUUAUAUGACAUCCGUUUUGAAACAAAAUAAGACAGUAGCCGCAGCCGAGAGUGUCGAUAUGUGGUUCGAUGAACUACAACAGAAUGGUGUUCCUGAUGAUAACGUCAUGACCAUGGCGGUUUUCAAUCGUGGCGUUGGUCAUUAUACCCAGGUGGUCUGGCAGUGGAGCAACAAGAUCGGAUGCGCAGUAGAGUGGUGUAGUGACAUGACCUUCGUGGCAUGCGAGUAUGAUUCAGCAGGAAACUAUAUGGGAAUGCCUAUUUAUGAAGUUGGCAACCCGUGCACGAAUAACGAGGACUGCAAAUGUACAAAUUGCGUUUGUAGCCGAGAUGAAGCUCUCUGUGUUGCCCCAUAG